CCCCCCAGCCGCUGCUGACGCCGCCCCGCAGGAGGACGAGGGGGGGCCAGGCCUGGCCCGGCUUGGCCUGGCCCGGCCUCACCCGAGCCGACCCCCGCCGGGCGUCCAUCAUGAGGAGGGACAUGAACGGCGUGACCAAGAGCCGCUUUGAGAUGUUCUCAAAUAAUGAUGAGGCUGUGAUCAAUAAAAAGCUCCCCAAAGAGCUGCUGCUUCGAAUAUUCUCGUUCCUGGAUGUGGUCACCCUAUGCCGUUGUGCUCAGGUCUCCAGGGCAUGGAACGUCCUGGCCCUGGAUGGUAGCAACUGGCAACGCAUUGACCUGUUUGAUUUCCAGAGAGACAUAGAGGGGCGCGUAGUAGAGAAUAUUUCUAAGAGAUGUGGGGGUUUCUUGCGAAAGCUGAGCUUGCGUGGAUGCCAAGGCGUAGGAGACAACGCAUUAAGGACAUUUGCACAGAACUGCAGAAAUAUUGAAGUGUUGAACCUAAAUGGCUGCACCAAGAUCACAGAUGCUACAUGUACAAGCCUUAGCAAGUUCUGCUCCAAACUCCGGCAUCUUGAUCUGGCUUCCUGCACUUCAAUAACCAACCUGUCCCUCAAAGCACUGAGCGAGGGGUGCCCUCUGCUGGAGCAGCUCAACAUCUCCUGGUGUGACCAAGUGACAAAAGAUGGCAUCCAGGCUUUGGUGAGAGGGUGCGGUGGACUCAAAGCCCUGUUUCUUAAAGGCUGCACACAGCUGGAGGAUGAAGCCCUCAAAUACAUUGGUGCACACUGUCCUGAACUGGUGACUUUGAACCUGCAGACCUGCUUGCAAAUUACAGACGAUGGCCUCAUUACAAUAUGCAGGGGAUGCCACAAGCUGCAAUCUCUGUGUGCCUCUGGCUGCUCCAACAUCACCGAUGCCAUCUUGAAUGCUUUAGGGCAAAACUGUCCAAGACUUAGAAUAUUGGAAGUGGCCCGAUGCUCUCAGCUCACAGAUGUGGGCUUUACCACUCUGGCUCGGAAUUGUCACGAGCUAGAAAAAAUGGAUCUGGAAGAAUGCGUUCAGAUAACAGACAGCACGUUAAUCCAACUCUCUAUUCACUGUCCCCGGCUCCAGGUUUUGAGUUUAUCACACUGUGAGCUAAUCACCGAUGAUGGGAUUCGCCACCUCGGCAACGGUGCUUGUGCUCAUGACCGCCUGGAGGUGAUCGAGCUGGACAACUGCCCUCUGAUCACAGAUGCCUCCUUGGAACAUCUCAAGAGCUGCCACAGCCUGGAGAGGAUAGAACUGUAUGAUUGUCAACAGAUCACACGGGCAGGAAUCAAGAGACUCAGGACUCACCUACCCAAUAUUAAAGUCCACGCCUACUUCGCCCCUGUGACCCCACCGCCAUCUGUGGGGGGCAGCAGACAACGCUUCUGCAGAUGUUGCAUCAUCCUAUGACGCGGGAGCCGGGUUACUCUGCACACAAAAGAAUAACUGAGUAUUUAAAUUGCCCUUCUAGAAGUAACAGCAGACACCAGUCUCUCCGUGGAGAAGUGAUGCUGGUGGUCCUUUGCCAGGGUCCCUGGAAAAGA